AUGUGUGUGCCAGCACGAGCGGUGAACUACACGUUCAUGAGGGAGGCGGUGCACGCGCCGCCGGUGGCGUUCUACGACUACAUCAUCAUCGGAGGCGGCACGGCGGGCUGCCCGCUGGCCGCGACGCUGUCGGAGCGCUCGCGCGUGCUCCUGCUGGAGCGAGGCGACUCGCCGUACGUUGACGGGCGCGUCCUGAACAUGGCCCACUUCUCGGACGUGCUCGCGGACACGUCCGCAGCGUCCCCGUCGCAGCGGUUCGUGUCGGAGGAUGGCGUGAUCAACUCGCGACCCCGGGUGCUGGGCGGCGGAAGCUGCAUCAACGCCGGUUUCUUCACGCGCGCGGGCGCUGGGUACGUGAGGGCCGUCGGGUGGGACGCCAGGGAGGUGGUGCAGGCGUACCGGUGGGUGGAGGACGUGGUGGCGUUCCAGCCGGCGCUGGGGCCGUGGCAGGCGGCGGUGAGGAGGGGGCUGCUGGAGACGGGCGUGGUGCCGGACAAUGGCUUCACGUACGACCACAUCCAGGGGACGAAGGUCGGCGGGUCCAUCUUUGACACGGACGGCCGUCGGCACACGGCGGCAGACUUGCUGCGGUACGCGCGCCCCGAGGGGAUCGACCUGUUCCUCCGGGCAAGAGUGGCCAGGAUCUUGUUCGGUUACAAAGGUGAGAGAACCAAGCCCGUGGCGCGUGGCGUGGUGUACCGCGACUCGCAGGACAACACUCGCGUGGCGUACCUCAACCACGGCGCAGCCAACGAGGUCAUCCUCUCGGCCGGGGCGCUGGGCAGCCCGCAGCAGCUGAUGCUCAGCGGCAUCGGCCCGGCCGACCACCUCCGGUCGCUGGGCAUCGACGUCAUCCUCGACCUGCCGGGCGUGGGGCAGGGCAUGUCCGACAACCCCAUGAACGCCAUCUACGUGCCGUCCCCGUCGCCGGUGGAGGUGUCUCUCAUCCAGGUCGUCGGCAUCACCAGGUUCGGCAGCUACAUCGAGGGCGCCAGCGGGGCCAACUGGAACAGCCACCCCUCGGGCACGCAGCCCCGGAACUUCGGCAUGUUCUCUCCGCAGACGGGGCAGCUCGCCACGGUGCCACCGAAGCAGCGGACGCCGGAGGCCAUCGCGCGCGCCGUGGAGGCGAUGAGCCAGGUCCCCGACGCGGCGCUCCGCGGCGGGUUCAUCCUGGAGAAGGUCAUGGGCCCGCAAUCCACUGGCCACCUCGUGCUCCGCAACCUGGACCCCGACGACAACCCCUCGGUCCGGUUCAACUACUUUGCUCACCCCGAAGACCUCCGGCGCUGCGUGGCGGGCAUCUCGGCCAUCGAGCGGAUCAUCCGGUCCAGGGCCUUCUCGCGGUUCACGUACCCCAACUUCGCCUUCCCGGCGAUGCUCAACGUCACGGCCGACUUCCCGGUGAACACAUUGUACCGGCGCGGCGGCGACCCCAGGGCGCUGGAGCAGUUCUGCAGGGACACCGUCAUGACCAUCUGGCACUACCACGGCGGCUGCCAGGUCGGCAGGGUCGUUGACCGCGACUACAAGGUCCUAGGCGUCGACGCGCUGCGCGUCAUCGACGGCUCCACGUUCAACGCCUCGCCGGGCACCAACCCGCAGGCCACCGUCAUGAUGCUCGGCAGGUACAUGGGGGUGAAGCUCCUGAAAGAGAGGAUGAUAAUUGAAGGACCAGGGAGGAGAAAUCCGUAAUCUGAUUUCUACAUGUGCAUGUGUUCCAUCUGCUACUUGCCUUCCAGCUGGAUUCUUUUAGUGAUGAUCCUACCGCUUGAAAAAUACAAAUUGUAAUGGAUGGAAUUCCAUAUACUCCCUCGGAUCAAAAAUACAAAAAGUUUGAC